CACACACAUUCGUGAGGCACAUAUGCUUGCUCACACGCCAGUGCUGCUUUGAGCCAGGAAAUCCGAUGGCCAGAAGGCUGUCUCCUCCCCAAUCCAGGGCAGAGACACACACAGAGAGAAAGGAGGAGUGAGGCAGUCCGAGAGGCAGCGGGCGAACGCGGCUCUUCCCCCUUCCAGCCUGAGCACCCGACUUUUGCAAAUCUGGAUCAUGGGGAGGCCCUCAAAGGCAGUGUCUUUCCUUCUGCUCCUCUGCUGGCUGGGGGCUUCAUGGGAGGCACGUCUUCCCCAUCCUCUCAUCCCGUCCAACGCAACCAUCUUCUCCCAUGUCUACACCAUUAAGGUGGCAGGAGAAGAUCCAGAAAACAAGGGUGCCUCCCCACCUCCCCAAGAGGCCUUAGGCCCUCCUGGAUCUUCUCAGGGAGGGGGCCUGUACGAGCACACCCUGGAAGGAUCCGAUCAAGAGCACAUGGUUUUCACCCAUCGCAUCAACCUCCCACCACAGUCCUGUGGGUGUCCACCUGGCACUGAAGAUACCCAGGAGCUCUGGAGAAGGCUGCAGGCCCUUGAGAAUGAAGUGCGGGUCCUACAGGAAACUUGCCAUGCUGGGGGAGGCUGUUGCCCUGCUGCCCCUGCCAGAACCCAAGCCAGCGAAGGCCAAACAGACAUUCGCACGUUAUGUUCGCACCAUGGCUCCUUCGACCUCUCUCGCUGCCUGUGCGAAUGCGAGUCGGGUUGGGGCGGCCCCACCUGUGCCGAACCGGUCUGCCCCGGAGGCUGCAGUGGCCCAGAGCGUGGCCGAUGCGUCAACGGGCACUGCCAGUGCCAACCCGGCUACUCGGGGGCCAGCUGCGAAGAGCCCCCCUCUUGCCCCGAAGAUUGCAAUGACCAAGGGCGCUGUGUGGAUGGGCGCUGCACUUGCUUCCCCGGAUAUGUGGGUCCGUCCUGCUCUGACCCAGUUUGUCCCCAGAACUGCCACGGACACGGCCAAUGCAUCUCGGGACGGUGUGUGUGCAACCCUGGUUACAGUGGCGCUGAUUGUGCGACCCGGGCUUGCCCUAGCAACUGCAACAGGCGUGGAGAAUGCCGUAACGGACGCUGCGUGUGCGAGCCGGGCUUCACAGGACCGGCCUGUGGCAGCAAGACUUGCCCCAACGAUUGUAACCAGAGAGGCCACUGUCUGCCGGGAGGUGUGUGUACCUGCCACCCAGACUACACCGGACCUGACUGCAGUCAGCUGGCGUGCCCAGAGGACUGCAGUGGCCACGGAGAAUGUCAGGAUGGAGCGUGCUUGUGCCACAAUGGCUAUUCCGGGGAUGACUGUUCCAUAGAGAUUCCAUCCGUUGGUGUCCGUGUCUCAAAUCGAGAUGAAACGUCUUUCCGCCUGGAGUGGAGCCACCCUGAAAUUGCCGUGGACGGAUAUGAGAUCCAUGUGGCACCCAUGCGGGAUCCUCAGGCGGGCGAAUCCAUACACUUGCCUGGCACCAAAACAGUCUUUGAAUACAACGGAUUAAAACCGGGGGAGGAAUACACGGUCACCAUUCGGGCAGAAAAAGGGCCGCACCACGGACCCCCCGUCACCCAGACCGUGCGUACGCGAGUGGCUCCCCCCAGUGGCCUGCAAUCAUCCCAAGUGACAGAAGACUCCCUGACCUUGCAAUGGGAUCCACCUGCUUCUCGCCCCGAUGGCUACAUCCUCAGCUACGUCCCUCUGGUUUCCACUCGGCCCAUCCAAGCCAUGAAACGUGUAGAGCUGCCAGCAGCCCCUGAGCGAGUUACCUUGGAAGACCUGGAGCCCAGGAUGCGCUACCGCAUCACCUUGGUUGCCCGUCAGAGUGGUGAGAGCAGCCGGGCCACCAGCGUUGUUGUCAGCACCACAGCACCAGCUCCAAUCCAACCAAGCCGCCACUACUUGACACCACCCCCUUCUUCCCAUAAAAAGCCAGAUACUUCCUCUUCUGAGCCUGAAGUGAAGAAACCAGGCACUAAGCCACAUCCAGGUCGCAGCCCAUCCAACACCACCUUACUGACUAAGGAGUAUUUCCUGAAGAGAAUGACGCAGAAUAUCUCAUCCAAACUUUCCCCAUACAAUGGGACUCUCCUUCAACGGUUAGAGAGCUACCUCCGUGCCAUCAAUUUCCCUCUCCGGGGCAAUCAGACAAUCCAGAGCGUGGCCAGGGACAUAUACCUCUAUCUCAAACGUGCAAAGCCAAUUGAAUUUCAAGAGAGGGUUGAAGAACGUCUUGUCAAAGAAACUAGCAAUUUGCCUCGGCAAAGGGAAUUCCCAAUAGCAGAAGCAGAUAGCGCCUACUCAGAUGGAUAUCUCCGUCCAGACCAUGCCAAGCCAGCGGUGGUGACCACCUCCUCAGACCAUAUUGAGGUGUCUUUGGACAGUGUGAGAGGGGUCUCUGACAAUGUGGUCAUCCGCUACCAAAACAUGGCAAAUGGAGAAAGAAGGGAGUUAGUGGUCCCCGGAGAUGCUUCUACAGCAAUCAUCACCGGAUUGUCUCCUGGAACAACCUACUUGAUGGAAAUUCACGGCGUCAUGAAAGGACAUUCCUCUAAAUCUUACUCCUUUAUAACUGCCACAGCUCCAAGUUCACCAACAACUGACAAGAUCCAAACCAUCGCCGUGCCCACCUUAACUCCUGAAGCUCCAUUGAGGAACCUACAGGUGACCGACGUCUCUCCAAACCGGCUCCGUGUGACUUGGUCAGCCCCGCCCAAUUCCUUCCACAACUUUUCCCUGUACUAUAGGGACCCCAAAUAUGAUGCACCCCCAGAAAAAAUCAGCAUUCCAGGAACAGAGAGAAGUGUCAACAUAAUGGGUUUACACCCUGGUACUGAGUAUGAAAUAGAGUUACAUGGAGAGAUACCUGAUGGAACCUACAGUGCUCCCCUCUUGACAAAGAUAAUUACAGCAGCAGAACCAGAGGAGCCCAGCCUGGGAGGUCUCUCUCUUCUAGAAGUCACAGACACCUCGGCCCACCUUUCCUGGGAUACCCCCACUGGGGCUUUUGACACCUUUGUGAUCCAAUAUAAAGACGCUGAGGGCAAACCCAAGGUGCAUCGGAUGGAUAGGAAUUCCCGAGAAGCCAUGAUUUCUAACUUAGUGCCGUCUCGAAAAUACAAAUUCAACCUUUAUGUGCUCGUAGGCCGUAAGCCUUUUGGCCCAGUGUCCUUGGAGACAGUGACAGCAUCACAGAAAGAUGUGUCCAGACCCAAACCUGUCCUCAGUGAUCUGUCUGUGGCAGAGGUGACCAGCAACUCUGUCCACCUCACAUGGAGAGUCCCCACCGGUAGAUUUGAUUCCUUUUUGCUCCAGUACCAAGACUCAGAAGGCAAAGAUCAAGCCCUGCCUGUGGACCGAGAUUCCCGUGAAGUCAUUGUUCCCAGUUUGGUUCCCUCCCAAAGAUACAGAUUCAACCUCUAUGGUAUCUUUGGGACACAGCGCCUUGGACCUAUCUUUACAGAUGCUGUGACAGGAUAUUUACUUGGUACAAAAGAUAAAUCAGUGAAAUUUAACUCUUAAUUGAAAUGUUAUGAAAUCUAA